AGAAGGGGAACAGGCGGCCGCAUCGGAUCGAAAGUAGAUCGAGAGAGAGGGUUUUUUCUUUUCCUUUUCACAAUCUAUACUCGCAGUCCGAUUGGCAAUGGCAGGUCGCCUAUUUCGAACUGGAAUCUCUUCGGCCUCUCGUCUUCUCCGCUCUAACCAUUCUCACUUCUCCCACUCAAAACUCAAAGGAUUGGCAUUGCUGUUAUUUCUUCCCUCUACAGAUGCUCAGUUGGGCACGGGCACAGGCACAGCUAGAUAUUGCCAGGUAAACACAGCCAGAAGAGGGAUCCAGACACUACCGUAUUUGACAGGCAAGGCUAAUGAAAUUUUGGAGGACCACAGGACUUGCUCUGAUGAUUCAAAAGCAUUGGAGGUGUCUGAUUCAAUUGAGUCAAAAAGUAAGGAUGGCUCCAUUGAAUACACAGCCAUGUCCAACUUGAAAACAUCCAAGCGACAUGAUCUAGCCAUGGUCUUCACUUGCAAGGUCUGUGAAACGAGAUCUGUGAAGACGGUCUGUCGUGAAUCAUAUGAGAAGGGAGUGGUGGUGGUCCGCUGUGGUGGGUGUAACAAUCUACACCUGAUUGCUGAUCGGCUUGGGUGGUUUGGAGAGCCAGGGUGCAUUGAGGAGCUCUUGGCAGCCCGAGGGGAAGAAGUGAAGAAAGGAUCUGUUGAUUCUCUAAGCCUAACUGUAGAAGAUUUAGUUGGGGCAAGAUCUUCAUGAUUUGAUUGCCAACAUAAAAUUUGUGUUGUCAUUUGAGAUAGGCAUUGUAUAGCUACCCUUUAUUUAUACAUCAAGAACACACAAGAUUAGAUGUUGAUAAUUUUUCCUGCUAAGGAAUGUUUGGCUAUGAUGGAUUGGGAUUCCAAGUUGACAAUCUUUCCUGUUUAGAUAUGUAUGGCUAUGAUAAAUUGGGAUUCAAGGGAUUUAGGCUAAAGCUAUUCUACCUUUUGCUGUCAA